AUGUCUGGACGUUCAAAUAGCAUCACUCUUCAGCUAAAUGGGACAUUCCAAUGGGAUCACCUUCAGAGCUUGCACCACCCACUUUUGUUUAAACUUAUGUAUGCAUUGGCUUGGGCUAAGGAUAAGGUAUUCAAGGUUGGAGACACACUAGUCACUCCCCCAACAGCAGCCAUGGCCAAUGAGUUUUGGGUGGGAGGUGCCAGCGGUUGGACCGUUGGCCACGAUUAUCAGGCUUGGGCUAAGGAUGAGGUAUUCAAGGUUGGAGACACACUAGGACAAUUCAUCUAUGGCUAG